GCUAUAGAACCCUAAGCAUUUGCGAAAACCACAGUUGAAUUUUGAGCUGAUCACCAAAGCACCGAAAUGUACGGAGCAGAACCUGUGAAUGAAGAAUCCGAGCGAACUGCUUUUCGUAAAGCCGAGAAGAAGUACAAAAUUUAUUACGAGAACGCCAAAAAGAAGAAGAUACCGAGAUCAGUUGAUUUAUCGGAGGUUAUUGAUUUCAGAUCUAUUUUAGAGUCGUUUAAAGGUGGUGGUGAUCUUCCUGAGGGCGUUUUCGAACUUAAAUGUGAUUUUAACCAACCUGUUUUUGGCCUAGUAAGUCGUCCUGGUUUUUAUUUUAUCCCUGCAGCAUUAAGCAUUGAGGAACAAUGCCAUUGGAUAAGGGAAAGUUUAACAAGCUUUCCUCAACCCCCUAAUAGAACAAACCACAAUGCAAUUUAUGGGCCUUUACAGGAUUUAUUUUUGGCGGCCAAAGAAGGAAAAGUUUUGAUUGAAGAGGAUAGACUGGCUGAAAACAUUAUUUCUGAGGCUAAUCUAGAUCAAAGCAAUGUAAACACCCCCCGUUGGAAAUAUAUCAAAGAACUUGAUGAAUCAUUUAGUAGAGAUGCUGGCAAAUCAGUAUCAGCUUCUGUUUUGUUGCGCAAGUUACGGUGGAGCACCCUUGGCCUGCAAUUUGACUGGUCAAAGCGGAGUUACAAUAUUGCUCUUCCUCACAAGAAGAUACCUGAUAAACUUUGUAUGUUGGCGAAAAGGAUGGCAGCACCUGCAAUGCCAUGCAGUGAAGAAUUCCAUCCUGAAGCUGCUAUAGUUAAUUACUUUGGGUUGGGUGAUAUGCUUGGCGGGCACCUUGAUGACAUGGAAAAAGAUUGGAGUAAACCUAUUGUAAGCAUUAGUUUGGGUUGCAAAGCUAUUUUCCUUCUCGGGGGUAAAUCUAGGGAUCAUACACCCAUUGCCAUGUUCCUCCAAAGCGGUGAUGCAGUUCUUAUGGCUGGAGAAGCAAGGGAGUGUUUCCACGGUGUGCCUAGGAUAUUCACUGACCCAGAAAAUGCUGAGAUAGGCACCCUUGAAUCACAGUUUUCAGAUGAAAACAACCUCCCUUUCUUGGAUUACAUUCGGACUUCGAGAAUCAACAUCAAUAUUAGACAGGUUUUCUGAAUUUUGCUUUCUCGUCAUUAUUUUAUGUAGAGGGAAGGAGAAAUUUUUUUUGAAAGGAAUGUUCUGUGUACAAUUAGUAUUCUAGUUGUUUACUCAUUACAGCAGAGCUGCCACCAAGUCCUUCCACAUUGUUGAAACUGGUUUCCCAUUACUAAUUGUUUGUCGACCUUCAAAAUUAUGAGAAAAAUAGUGUAUUUGACAUUGUUGACAACGGAGCUUGCUAAAAACUGACAUUGUUGACCUUCAAAAUUUGAUACUUUUAACAUGACUUUUUAUUAUUUCA